GCUGCCCUGCGGCGGCCGCGCCGUUGGCUGCGCCAACGGCCUGGCCAACGGCGCAGGAGUGACAGGCGUUGCAGUCCAACGCGGACGAGGAGGCAAGCACUGUAUCGUGAGCAGGAAUCUUGGUGAAAAUGAAGUCAACGUGGACCUGCUAGAGAAAACAAUCCUACGCCGCAUCAUGAGCGACUACAUCAAGGCAAGCAAACAAGUCCUUAAGACGAAGUCUAAGAAGUCACCGACAGUGUCGCAGAAGUGGCGGGAUUUCGUCGCCGAGAAGUUAGGCGCCGAAGAGGAUGAUGAAAAGAGGUCGAAAGGCCAGCUUAUUGUUAAGCUGAAUAAUAUGUCCGAGGUGGACUUGGUCUCGCUCUUCAUCUCGCUUUGCAAGGGUAAAGUUAGCAAUCCGAUCUCUGACAUUCUCAAGAACCCGGACUGGGAACCUGCUCUUAAGGAUCAUAUAACCGCUUUCAGCGGCUCUGAGAUUGAUCCCAAGGGAGGUCUAGAGUUCCGUAAGUACAUUACGGAUGCCCUUGGCCUGGACGAGGAUGCACCUCUCGAGGAGGAGGAGGAGAACCCAUUGAUCACGGCUAUCAAUGGUUUAGCCAAAGAAAUGGACAACCUGUACGAAAUGAUCCGCCCGAAAAAGGCUCGACAAGGUAAGACAGUGGACUACGAUGAGGAAGAUAGUGAUUAG